CAGGUCUGAAGUUCCUGUUGAGAGGCGACAAGAUGGCGAUAUAUUCUACAGAUCUGACUGAGCCACAAAGCAUGAAAAUACAGGUCAAACAGUAUCUCUCUGCAAACUGGGAGGGGCAUCUCCCGGUUUCCAGGGAGAUGAAAACAACGGAAUCCAUCACCAUGGCAACCAAACAGGUGCACUCAGACCAGCGCAAGUACCUGACGCUGUGGGCCCAUAGCUCCAGCGAGGGAGGAUCAUGGGAUAUAUUGCUCUAUUCGCCGUACUGGUUUGUGAACAAGUCAGAGCUACCUGUUGAAAUAAGGGCCUCUCGAUCAAGAAAGAUCUUCAGCACACACUCCUUAAGUGAUCCAGUCCUCUUUACAUUCUCAAACUCUAAGAGGAAAAAGGCCAAGCUAAGGGUGUUUGAUUCCAUCUGGUCGGCCUCCUUCUCAUUGGAUACGGUAGGGAGUUCAGGGGUCGUGACCUGUAAGGAUGAAGAUCAUGAAAGAACUUAUCAGUUCUGGCUGGACAUCCGUAUGUCACACCUUCCGUUCACCAAGCUAGUCACCCUCACACCGUACUUCCUUGUACACAACAAGUCUGACCAGGAGCUUUCCUACGCAGAGGAUGGGGUCAAAGCCGGGGUCUGGGUCAACAUUAAACCCACAGAGGUGCUUCCAUUCUGGCCCGGCUCUGAGUCCAUGAAGCUCAUCCUGCGGAGGUCAACGACCCCGGACAACCUGAGUUCACGACCUUUCCUGAUAGACACACCCUGCACCACAGUCCUUAGGAUGGAAAGAGGGACUGGUGUAACAGUUCAAGUCGAAGGAGGUGUACAAGAACCUACUACUAUUACAUUCCUACCAUAUACCUCAGGACAUUCACCAGUCCGGUUAGAUAACCUGUGUGAUGACGUCAACCUUAGGAUAAAUCAAAAAAACAACGGAGGGCGUCACUUAGUUCGUCCACACCGUAGUCUGCUGUAUACGUGGGAUGACCCUACUGCAGAAAGAAUACUCAUGUGGAACCUGUACAAUAGGAACAAGAAGAGCUUUGAAUGCCUCAUCGACCAGGAUGGUUGGGGCAAGGUGACAGUAAGUUCAGAGAGUGUUAAUCGAAGCACUCUACCUGGCGAUGGUCUCUAUGUCGAAGGCGAUGAUGCAAGUGUUUAUAGCACUGAUGAUGAAGAAGUAACAGAGCCCGAUGGUCUCCUGGAGCAUCCUUUGAUGAACAAGAAACAGAGAACAACCAUCUACUGGGUGUCUUACAUGGAUGGACUGCAGAGAGUACUGGUCUAUACACAGAGCUCAAGAAUAGCCAGGGCAGCAGCUCAGGCCCAAGUAUCAGAGCCUGCAACCCUGGAAUUCCUAGCCUCUCUCCAAGGCAUUGGCGUGUCACUGGUCAAUGCUGCCUAUGAGGAAGUAGCCUACCUGAGCCUGUUCAGCUCCCCGGCCCGCUGGGAGGUGGAGUCUAAGGCUAACAGGUGGAAGGCACUGGGGAUGGAGCUGACAGGGGUUUUAGAGAAUGCCUGGAAGCAUGGACAAGAGGUCAUCGUUGAUGACGAGGGGACGAUACAGGCGGAUCUGAGAGCACAAACUAUUGCAAAGCCUGUUCAAGGAUCAUUGAGGAGAAUCCAUAACCCAGGAUUGUGGCUACAUUUCAGGAAAUCGGAUCAUCAUCAAGGACUGCAUUUAAAGAUACAGAAGAUUCAGGUUGGUGUUUUGGUGUUGAUGGUGUUGAUGGUGUUAUAA